AUGGCUAGAUUUCUACAGUCACAAUAUUUCUUAGUCCCAAUUAAAUCAUUUAUAGAGGAAUUCUGUAUUAUAUUUGCGAUUUUCGACGAAGAUGAGGAAUAAGCCUACAAAGAAAAAAGACAAAUUUUCAGAGAAUAUAAGAAUCUUAUCAAUAAAUUAAUCAUUGCCUUUCUGAAGAAGUAUAAUGUUUAAAGAGAUAUACUAAAUGACAUAAUGAGUGGGAUAUACUCAAGUGAUUUGACCGAGGAAGUUGUUUAGUAUUUAUAUGCAGUCGAGGAUUUUGAUGUUUUUACAUUAUUUAUGAGCGAGACUAAUCAAAUGCUAGAUUCUUAGACUGAGGAUCAAUUAUCUCUGUAAAAAUACAAUUCUGCUCCAGUAUCAUAAGUUAAAAGGUAAAAAAGUCAAGGAGCUACUGCAAUUGAUACUAUGAAUGAAGAUAUUCAGAAAAUAUUAAAAUAAACUAAAAUGCAACAAUAAGAAGAAGACUUAUAUGAUAUAGCUUUGAAAGAAUCUAUGGAAGAAUCAGAAAAAAGGUUAUAGCACAAGCUAGCAAUGGAAGAGUAAGAAGAGUUACUACUUAAAAAAAUGUUAGAACUUUCAGAAAAGGAGGAGAAUGAUAGAAAAAGGAAGCAGUAAUAGGAAGAAGAUGACGUCCUAAAAUUUGUCCUAGAGGAGUCUAUUAAAAUGGAAGAAGAAAGAUAGAAAUUUGAAAGAUCAAAGACUAUGUAAGAAGAGCUUAUGUAUAAAUUGAUAGAGGAAUAAAAAGAAGUUUAAAAAAUGUAGGAAUAAUUGGAAAAGGAAAGAAAAGAAAAAGAGGAUAAAAAGAUUGCAGAAUUAAGGCAGAGACAAAUGUUCGCAAAGGUAUAGCCGUUAUAAGAAAUCUCGAUCAAAAAAGCUCCAGUAGAAAAGAUAAUUGAGCCUGAAAUAGUUGAGACUACUGCUUAAUAGUAGGAGGAGGAAAAAUAAUAAAUUGACAAAGAAUCAAUAGAGGAGAGGCAAAGAAGAUUAAAAAUAUAAAGAGACAUCUUAAGAAGAGAAAAAGAAGAAAAAGGUAAAAAGGAUCAUUAGAUUCAGGAGUAAACUCUCAAUAGAGGAAAAACACCAAUGGAUAAACAAAGAAUGAACAGAUGCUUGAAUGUACUUCAAGAGGCAGCCGAUCAAAUGUUCAAAGGAAAGAGAUAAGAGGAUAUUCUAGAUAUAGACUAUUACAAAAAGAAUGGCCAAGAUUAAAACAAUGAUAAUGAUAAUGAAGACGAUGAUGGAGUUAUUCUACUCGGAAAGGGAAAAAGAAGAAAUAUUGGGAAGGCAUCAAAAUAAGUUAUUAAUCUGGAUUGGAAGGAUGAAGAUUUUGAUUGA